UUUACGGUGUUGAUACGUUCGUAGUAAAAUUUGGUUCAUAUUGAGACUCUGCCAUGGCAGACGCUACCGGCCUCGAUGUGUUUCACACCAUCCAACCAGUCAUGUUCAUUGAAUACCUCUUUGCUGUUGGCAGAUUAUUUAAACGCAAAGGAGAAAUAAAAACAGCCAACAUUUAUUUCAAGGUAUUCGGGAUAAUCUACGUAAUAGUUCAAAUAAUACUUAUGUACAUUUUAGUAGAGAUUCACAGCAACGAUGUCGGAUUGGAUAUGAUCUACGACAUGCACUUCACACCAACUGUCACUAUUGUAAUUGGAUACGUUAUGUUUGUUAUUAAUAACAAUUUCAUAUCGGGUAAUCGUAACAUGCAAAUGUAUUUAAGAUUCAAAAAGAUCGAUAAGGAUUUAAACAUACAUUUUAAUAGAGAUUUUUACAGGACCUCUCGCCGGCAACAUUUUCUUAUUUUGAUAAUACUUUUUAUCAGUCAUUCCAUUUACCACAUAAUCGAGGUAACACUAGACAGCGCUAAUUUUGCUAUCAUAUGGGGAGUAUAUUUUUUUCAAGAUAUAGAAAAAGCAUUCUUUUGUAUACUUAUAUUUAUGAUUAAGAAGCGAUUAGAUAUAAUAAACCUACAUAUUGCUAAAUGUAUCAAUGUACACCGAUUAAGAAAAGCUGAUUCUUCAUUAAAUGGAAUUAAAUUUAAUAGAUUUGACCCUAUACUAAGUAAAAAGCUGAAAAUAAGUGAACUGGCUACAGUAUACAACUCAAUCGGUGAACUAUGCAGUCUCAUCAAUGACGAUUUCAACUUGAACAUAUUUUUUGGUUUCAUGGGUGCAUUUUCUUAUGUUAUUACUUCUAUUUGGUCAGUUUUAUAUUACUCCAGACCAGGUAUCCAUGUUUACAAAACAAUAACCUUAAUAAACCAACUUAUUUGGAUAAUUCUAGAAUUGUAUCCUAUUGUUGUUGUUUGCCUUGUUAGUAACUGGUUGCCGUGGACACAAAAGAAGAUAAAAGUUUUGUUGAAUGAGAUAAUUAUAGAUUACACCACUCCUGAUACUAUUCGCAAUGAAGCGAAAUCAUUUAAUGAAUUAGUAGAUGUGUGGCCAUUACACAUAUUUAUGUAUAAAAUGUUUCGAAUCGAUGUUGGGUUGUUGUUGAAUUUUGUCAAUCUCUGUACCACUUAUUUAAUAUUUAUGCUGCAAAUUACACACUUUAUUUGA